UGUUUAUGUCACUGUCCGCCAUUGAAAUUACCAAAAUGGCAACUGUACUCUCACCAAGACAGUGCGACAGUGGUCCUGCGACACCUGGAACGCAAUCUUUAAAGGAUGACAACUUCACGGAGGAGAACUCUAAUGAUGGCAGCCAAGCCCCUAAAAGACGCCGAAUGGGCUCCGGGGAUAGCUCUAGAAGUUGUGACACGUCUAGUCAGGAACUUGGACCCACUUAUUUCCCGGCGGAAAACUUAACUGAAUACAAAUGGCCACCAGAUGACACGGGAGAGUAUUAUAUGCUGCAAGAGCAAGUUAGCGAGUAUCUGGGGGUGACCUCGUUUAAACGCAAAUAUCCAGACUUAGAGAGGAGGGACCUUUCUCACAAGGAGAAGCUGUACUUGAGGGAGCAAAAUGUCAUCACUGAAACACAGUGUACUUUGGGCCUCACAGCUUUGCGAAGUGAUGAAGUGAUAGACCUGAUGAUUAAGGAGUAUCCAGCUAAACACGCAGAGUAUUCAGUCAUUCUCCAGGAACGGGAGCGACAGAGGAUAACGAAAGAGUACUCAGUCAGUACUCAAAGUGCGCAGCAGCAGACACCACAGAAAGUUGAGGCAAGCAAAGUGCCAGAGUACAUCAAGAAAGCUGCCAAGAAAGCAGCUGAGUUCAACAGCAACUUCAACAGAGAGCGCAUGGAGGAGAGACGAGCAUACUUUGACCUUCAGACACACAUCAUCCAGGUUCCUCAGGGCAAAUAUAAAGUUUUGCCCCCAGAGCACACUAAAACUGGACCCUACCCUGUGGCCCUAAUCCCUGGGCAGUUUCAGGACUACUACAAAAGGUACUCGCCCAACGAACUACGUUAUCUGCCCUUGAAUACUGCUCUGUAUGAGCCUCCUCUGGAUCCAGAGCUUCCAGCACUUGAUAGCGACGGAGACUCCGAUGACGGAGAUGGGGAGAAAGGAGAAGACGGCAAGAAAAAAGGCUCAUCAGACAGCUCAUCAGGGAACACAUCUGAUGGGGACAGCCAGGAUGGUGGGGUCCCCUCCAAAGGCAAAGCCAAGGACCGCAAAGACAACACCCCGCGUGCCCUCCAACACAAAUCCCACCCUGGGUACAAGCCUAAGGUCACUCCCAAUGAUUUUUGUGGCAUAUGCCAGAAGGGUAAGAAGUCCAACAAGAAGGGCAAGCCUGAGGCUCUCAUAAACUGCUCGCAGUGCAAGAACAGCGGUCAUCCGUCGUGUUUGGACAUGAGUGCGGAGCUGGUGGCCAUGAUAAAAACGUACCCGUGGCAGUGCAUGGAGUGCAAGACGUGCACUGUGUGUGAACAGCCCCACCACGAGGAGCAGAUGAUGUUCUGCGACAAGUGCGACCGCGGCUUCCACACAUUCUGCGUGGGAAUGGACUCUCUCCCUCAGGGUGGUUGGGUCUGUGAGAUCUGCAACAAGGACUUCUCCACUCCGAAGAAAAAAGGGGCCAAGACGCCAAAAAAGGGGAAAUCGACCCCUAAGUGAAUACAAGUGUAGACCAUUUUGAAUAAGCUUUUUAAAGGUUUUCAGGUGAUAUUUUGAUAAAAUGAUUUGUUUAUAUUUGUUCUGGACUUUUGUAUUGCUCACCUAGGUGCUACAAUCAUGUACUGUAAAUACUGACUUGCCUUGUUUUUAAAUGUACAUCUUUUUGUAUUCAUUGUAAUAAACAGUGUUUAUUAAUGUAUGACAGGCAUCAACUUUUCUAAAAUAAAGUUUUUGAUAAUCA